GAGGAGUCUGUCCAGCGGCGCGCGGCUGGGGCCCCGGAGUCGGAGGACGGACGCGGCGGGCCGCGGGGGAGGAGGUAGCCGGGAGUUUCCAUCCCUUCUACUCGGGUCCCCCGAGUGGCGGCGGCGACCCCCUUCCCCACCCCGGCGGCGUCCGCUGCCCGCGCAGCAAGGUGGGGCAGCCGCCGAGUUAGGAGGACGGGGAGGAGACUGGAUGACGGUUCGUGCCUCAGGGCGGGUUCGGCAGCCCCCGCGGCAUGAAGGGGCACCCGGGGACUCUGCCGCCUGCAGCCCCCGCGGAGCCGAGCGGGAGCAGCAGUUCUGACUACUUAAAGGGGGAAAAAUUAUUAGAGACUUGGUGGUGCUUUCAAAAACAUGAUAAAUGAAUCCUGGAUUUCAUGGAGGAAGCACUAGUGCAUUAGAAGAUGGAGCCACCCAUACAGCAGAUGGUACGUGAACAAUACACCACAACAACACAAGGCACCAGCCUAGAGAGGCCGGAGAACCAAUAUGUCUACAACAUUGGCAUUUAUGGCUGGAGAAAGCGUUGCCUCUACCUGUUUGUCCUCCUCCUGCUUAUCGUCCUAGUUGUGAAUUUUGCUUUGACAAUUUGGAUUCUUAAAGUGAUGUGGUUUUCUCCAACUGGGAUGGGACAUUUACUUGUUACAAAAGAAGGACUUCGACUGGAAGGAGAGUCAGAAUUCUUAUUCCCUUUGUAUGCCAAAGAAAUUCACUCUAGAGUGGACUCAUCACUACUUUUACAGUCUAGUCAUAAUGUGACUGUGAAUGCUCGCAAUUCAGAUGGUGAAGUCACAGGCAGAUUAAACGUGGGUCCUAAAAUGGUAGAAGUCCAUGGUCAACAGUUUCAGAUCAACUCCAUAGAUGGCAAGCCACUUUUUACAGUGGAUGAAAAUGAAGUUGUAGUUGGUACAGAUAAACUUCGAAUCACAGGUCCAGAAGGGGUCCUUUUUGAACAUUCUGUAGAGACACCACUCGUCAGAGCAGAGGCUUUUAAACCACUUAGAUUGGAAUCACCAACUCGGUCUUUGAGCAUGGAUGCACCAAAAGGGAUUAAUAUUAAAGCACAAGCUGGCAAUAUUGAAGCUCUCUCUCAGAUGGAUAUCAAAUUGCAUAGCAGUGAUGGAGUGCUUUUGCUUGAUGCUGAAACUGUGCGGCUGCCCAAAUUGCCUGAAGGGACAAGAGGUGGGUCUGAUAGGUCUCAGGAACUCUACGAGAUCUGUGUUUGUCCAGAUGGAAAGCUUUACUUGUCAGCAGCUGGUCGGUAUUCAACUUGCCAGGAAUACAGUCAUGUCUGUCAAUAAAGUACCUAACUAUGCCACAUUUUCUCUGGCUAAUCUCACUGAAUUUUAUAUUGUUUUGUAGCAGAGUUUCCAAGAUUUUAAAAACAAUCACUGUAAUCUGGGAAACAAGUUUGCAUCCAGAAUUCUAGAUUGUAAGGAAAAAAAGCAAAAGAGCACAAUUAAAAUUUUAACUUAAACAGAAGUGUUUGAACUAAACUAAAUGUUCUGGAAAUGACAUUUGGAAGUCAGCCAUAUAGUGAGUUAAAAAAAAUUGAAAGGAUUUAUUUGCACCACUGAACUGUUAUUCAGUCAGUUGAUUAUGUAAUUGUUAAUAUUUCCUAGCUCUGUGAUUUUCUCUUAAUACAUGUAAACAUUUGCAUUAGUUUGUGAAAUUCAGUUUAAGGAAUUACUUGAACUAUUUGAUAAGACAAAAGCAUUGUUUGGUGAAUUCAGGUAGUGCCAGCAAAGAGUCUAUGCAAUUUUGUUCUUGCAAUAACACAAACCACAAAGGCUGUGCUUUUUGUAUGAGUCCCGUGCAAAAUGUGUUUAACUGAUAAAAUCCUUUGUUUCUACUGGCAAAGCGUAUGUAGAUUUGCUUAUUACUGGGAUUCGUGAAAGAAAUCACAAUAAUUAAUGCGAAAUCUCCAAGAUUACUGAUUUAUAACUUUCUUUGUCAUCAAAGUUGUUAACUGUACAAAAGUGAAAUAUGUUCGUAUAUCCCACUCCAACAAUAGGUCCUUGUACUGCAUGGACCAGGAUACUCACUUGAAAACCUUUUUUAGCUUUUACAGUGUGAUUGUAAUUGGAACUGGGAAAUUUGUGCUACUCUUGGCUAUAUGCCAGCUGGAUUAUGAAAAGAAAAGAAAUCUUAAAGAUGGUUCCAGCUUUCUCAAAUACAUGAUGCUAUUUGAUAGGUAGAAAAAGUUCCUCUUCCUGAAGCCCACGAGUCACCUAAAUGCAGACCCCUUACUCUGUGAAGAGCUGUCAAUACUGAACCAUUUGCACCUAUCUGGAUUAGCAGAAUUUGGGACUUAAUGGCCUUAUAGGGUCUUAGGCACAGAGCCUCAAAGGUAUUUAGGUGCCUAACUCCCAUUGAUGUCAACAGGAAUUAGGGAAGAGAUUUCACAAAAAUACUCAAGCACUGAGUCACUGUUUUAGGCACCUAAAUUUUUGGUCCACUGGGAGCCACACAACUCCCACCAAACCCUGUAGGCAUCUAAACUCUCACAGCACCUAAGGUUUCCAGACUGAAAGUUCCAUAGGUGCCUAUGUUUCUGCAUCUGGGCAUGAGCACUGCUGCCUCCAUCUAAGUGUCUGGACACCUAUCUCCCGCCUAUACCCCGGAGCGAUUCAUGAAACAGAGGAUGAUAGAUUUUGAAUGGGAACAGACCUGUUAGGUGCACUUGGUGCAUGCCUACCAGGUCAGGCCCCCAUGUGUGCGAGUGCCUUAUAAUUGUUAGCCCCGCAGUUAGAGCACUCACCUGGGAAGGGGAAACCUAGGUUCAAGUCCCACCAGCCUCUCGUUAAACAGGAGUGUACCACAUCUCAGGCGAGCUCUCUAAGCAGUGGGCUGUGGGAUUCCCUCAGUCUGUCCUGAUGAACCUGUUCCACUUUGGAUAAAUAAUGCAAGAGGAGGAUGCCCACCUCCAGGUGUACGCCCUAACCACUGGAUUACAUAUGCAUUCUCACUCUCUCCGGCCCAAUGACUGGUCCACUGGAGAAUAAAUAUUUAACUAGUCAUUGGGCCAGCAAGAGAGAGUGCCAAGAAAGACUUUGUAGCCCAGGGGUUAGGGCAUCCACAUGGGAGGUGAGAGGCUGGGUACACAACCCCUGUUCUGAUCACUCAUUCAUUAUUCACAGUGGAACAGCUUCAACAGGAGAGACUAAGGAAGCCUCACAUCAUAAACUCAAUGGUGACACACCUCUCUUGAAAUGUGGAAGACUCCUGUUUAAAUCCUUUUUCUCCCUCUGGCAGAGAUGGAAAAAGGCCAGGUGAGUGCUCAAACUACUAGGGUAAAUGUUAUGAGUUGAGCACCCCCUUCUCCUCUGGUUGUUUUGUGUGGAGUGAGGCAGUUGCCUAACUCAGGCCCACAAGAAAUACCGUGGGAACCUAAGCCAUCCAAAUCCUGCUGGCAGAUGCCUGUUUGUGGCUUCCUAAUCAAUCUCUGAGAGCGAGCCAGGGCUUAGCACACACUCCUCCUGCAUUGGCUAGUUUAGGCAGCUCUCUGCUUGGCUUUUGUGGAGUACAUUGUUAGGCCUCUCUCUCCCAUUUCUCUGUAUAGGGAGCUGAAGUGCCUGAUUUGGCUUUGUGGAUUCAGUGGUGUUCCUGGAUUUUCUGAGCACCUUAAAGUUAGGCAUGGUAACACUGAGUGUCAUGGCACCUGAGUCCCUUCAUGGAGCCCAUUCUAGAUGCCGAAAUACCUUUGCAGCUCUGGGCCUUCGCCCUUUUAAUGCUAUUUUUAUUCAUUACUACUUAUUUUGGAGGACCUAUCACUGUAGUACCUUUAUGCUUAGUUACAGCUUCAUGUUAAAUAACUUAAGUUACACAAACCCACUUAUAGGCGGCAUAUCAAAACAACUGUUCUAUUGUUACGGAUUAAGCCCCAACACAAAAUAGGCAUAGCUAGACCAGAUACAGACAUUUUAUAGCACUGCCUGUAAUUUAUUAGUUUGGCAUUGGUGGAAAAACUCAGAAUAAUUAGUCAGAAUUAACUAGUAACGCUACUUGUAUAAAGCAUCAAAGAAAACACAUUUGUGAGGUAGGUGCUUGCCACUGACAAAGCCCAACUGCCCAGGGAGAGUGUUUACAGCUGGACACUGACAGGAAAAGCUUCCUGCUAAUUGUAGCUGGUCAGUGCAGUAAAGGCCCAAGUGCCCUAGAGCAAGUUGGGCUAACUUCUGCAGCAAGAAACAUAGAUACUGCAGAACUCUCCAUGCAAAAGCAUCAAAAAUAUGAAAAUGGAGGUUUUUUUAUUGCAUUAAAAUGACUACUAGAAUAAAAACAGUAUCCCUUGUGUUAAAUUAAUAGUGGACUCAAUUUAUUUUAUGCUAGCUAGUUCUCAUACUGGUAGGCCCCUCCUUCCAUCCUCUUUACUAGAGCGGUUCACCAUCUUUCAUGAAUUUUCCUCACAACAGCCCUGCAAUCUAGGAAAGGGCUAUUAUCCCCAUUUUAUGGAUGAGAAACAGAGGCACAGGGAAACUAGCUAAAAUACCCAAGGUCACACAGGAAGCCUGUGAUGGAGCAAGGAAAUAAAGUCAGGUCUCCUGACACCCAUGCUGGUGCCCUAACCACUGAACCAUCAUUACCUACGGAUGUGUCUAAUAUUUUAAUUUUCAUUGUGCUAUAGAAUUUUGCACUGAAAAUACAUAACUGUAUUGUGGAUGUUGUAAGAGGAAACCUACAGUUUUGACAUGGGCUAGGGGUUAGCUGGUUCUUUUGCCACCUGGGAAGGUACAGGAAGUGGUUGCAGAUCAUCAGAAUGAAGAACAGAAUGAUAAAUCCUAUUGUACCUGACUGUGAUUAGAAUGUUUUCCAAAAGAAUGGGUACUAUGUACAGCAAUUCGUAUCAUGGUAGGAACUUUAUUAAGAUUUUUUGCUGUGAGGUGGAAGACAGAGAAUUGGAAUAUACUGGUAUAAAAAUGCUUAUUAGAAAUUCGCCUCCCUUCCCACAGUCCUUCAGCAUUCUUGUCUGUUUUUAUACAGCCUUAUGCAAAAGGAAACUGCAAAAAUUAACUGACAAAUUGCACUGAAUAAACUUUAUA